AUGAAAAGAUUCAAGUUUGAUACUUGGGGUUAUCACAUAUGUAUUCAUGGAUUUGGUUGUUGGGGAGAUUUGGAUGCUGCAUUGAGUUUGUUUAAAGAGAUGAAGGAGCAAAGCUCGGUCUCUGGAUCUUCUUCUAUCGGUCCUGAUAUAUGCACGUUUAACAGCUUGAUCCAUGUGUUGUGUUUAGUUGGAAGAGCGAAAGAUGCUUUGAUUGUAUGGGAUGAACUGAAAGCAUCUGGCCAUGAGCCUGAUAAUUCGACAUAUCGUAUAUUGAUUCAAGGAUGUUGUAAAUCUUACCGGAUGGAUGAUGCAAUGAGAAUUUUCGGUGAGAUGCAGUAUAACGGGUUUGUUCCUGAUACUAUUCUGUAUAAUUCCCUUUUAGACGGGACGCUCAAGGCAAGAAAAGUCACUGAGGCUUGUCAGCUCUUUGAGAACAUGGUUCAAGAAGGAGUUAGAGCUUCCUGCUGGACAUACAACAUUUUGAUUGACGGGUUAUUCAGGAAUGGAAGAGCCGAGGCUGGGUUUACUCUCUUCUGUUACUUAAAGAAGAAGGGUCAGUUUGUCGAUGCGAUUACUUUUAGCAUUGUUGUGUUGCAGCUUUGUAGGGAAGGGAAGCUAGAGGGUGCAGUGAAAUUGGUGGAGGAGAUGGAAACUAGAGGUUUCUCUGUGGAUUUGGUUACAAUUAGUUCACUCUUGAUCGGAUUUCAUAAACAAGGAAGGUGGGAUUGGAAAGAGAAGCUAAUGAAGCACGUACGGGAAGGAAACUUGGUGCCUAAUGUUCUGAGAUGGAAUGCUGGAGUGGAAGCUUCACUAAAACGUCCACAGAGCAAAGAUAAGGAUUACACCCCAAUGUUUCCAAGUAAAGGAAGCUUCCUAGAUAUCAUGAGCAUGGUUGGUUCAGAGGAAGAUGUAGCUAGAGCUGAGGAAGUUACACCUAUUGAAGAUGACCCUUGGUCAUCAUCUCCGUAUAUGGAUCAUUUGGCCGAGCAGAGCAAUCGACCUAAGCCCUUGUUUGCUUUAGCCAGAGGGCAGAGGGUUGAAGCAAAGCCAGAUUCUUUCGACAUAGACAUGAUGAACACCUUUCUAUCUAUUUAUCUGUCCAAAGGCGAUCUCAGCUUAGCCUGCAAACUGUUUGAGAUAUUCAAUGAAAUGGGUGUAACUGAUCUCACGAGUUACACCUACAACUCCAUGAUGAGCUCAUUCGUGAAGAAGGGUUACUUCAAAACCGCUCGUGGAGUGGUCGACCAAAUGGGUGAGAACUUUUGCGAAGCGGACAUUGCAACAUACAAUGUAAUAAUCCAAGGAUUAGGAAAAAUGGGAAGAGCAGACUUAGCGAGCACGGUUCUCGACAGACUCACAAAGCAAGGAGGAUAUCUAGACAUUGUAAUGUACAACACGUUGAUCAACGCGGUGGGGAAAGCAAACCGGCUAGACGAAGCAACACAACUGUUUGAUCACAUGAAGAGCAACGGAAUAAACCCGGACGUUGUGAGUUACAACACGAUGAUCGAAGUGAAUAGCAAAGCAGGGAAAUUGAAAGAAGCAUACAAGUACUUGAGAAUGAUGCUAGACGCGAAUUGUUUGCCUAACCAUGUAACCGAUACAAUCCUAGAUUAUCUUGGUAAAGAGAUGGAGAAAUCAAGGUUCAAAAAGGCUUCUUUUGUACGAAACAAACCAAACAAUGAUUCUUCUUCUUCUCCCUCUUAG